AUAGAAUUGCGUGCCCUUCUUUGCAUUCUCUUUAUCUCUCUCAUUUUCUUUAUCUUUACAUACACGCAUAUGUAUGUAUGCAUUUCAGAUGCUCAUAUCGACUACCCACAAUCCCAAAAGAAGAUAUUGAUCCUUUAACUGCAGUUUUUUCUUCACCUUCAAGUGAUUGAUAGUGUGAUAAGAGUUUUUGAUUUUAAGAGGGAUAAAGAAUGGAGGAUUCAAAUUCAAUCGCUGGCCGACGUCUUGCCGCAAUUCAGAGUCAUCUUCUUACGCCCAUCGACAAUACCCAUCCUCAGAUUGGAACCAAUAACACUGUCGGAGAGUUUUUCGAUGAUCAGAGAUAUAGUGCUGUUCUUCCUGAAGAACUGAAGUCAGGAAAGUGGAACGUUUACAGAUCUGCCCGUUCUCCAUUAAAGCUUGUCACCAGAUUCCCUGAUCAUCCCGAGAUUGAAACAUUACAUGAGAACUUUGUUUGACACAUACCCAGAUUACAAGUACUUAGGUUCACGUGUAAGAGAAGAUGGGAACAUUGGAGAGUACAAAUGGAUGACGUAUGGAGAAACAGCCACUGCUCGAUCUGCAAUCGGAUCUGGCCUGCAUUAUCAUGGAUUAUCCAAAGGAGCAUGUGUUGGACUUUAUUUUAUAAAUAGACCGGAGUGGUUGGUUGUGGAUCAUGCCUGUUCAGCGUAUUCGUAUGUUUCGGUGCCUUUAUAUGACACUCUUGGUCCUGAUGCUGUUAAGUAUAUCAUAAAUCAUGCUGAUUUACAAGCCGUCUUUUGUGUGCCAAGUACAUUGAACAUUUUGCUGAGCUUCUUAUCUGAAAUUAAUAGUGUACGCAUUAUAGUGGUAGUGGGAGGGGCAGAUGAACACCUUCCCUCCCUGCCGGCGACAUCCGGUGUUCAACUUUUAUCAUAUUCAAAACUUCUCAGUCAGGGUCAUAGUAAUCCUCAUCCUACUUGCCCUCCAAAGGCUAAAGAUGUUGCAACCAUAUGCUACACGAGUGGUACUACUGGAACGCCAAAGGGUGUUGUUCUUACACAUGAGAACUUGAUUUCAAGUGUUGCAGCCAUGAGCCUGCCAGUCAAAUUCUACUCCUCAGACAUUUACAUAUCUUAUCUUCCGCUGGCACAUAUCUACGAGCGAGCUAACCAAAUUAUGGCAGUAUACUGCGGUGUUGCUAUUGGUUUUUACCAGGGGGAUAAUUUGAAAUUGAUUGAUGACUUGGCUGUUCUAAGACCAACAAUUUUUUGCAGCGUUCCUCGGCUCUACAAUAGAAUAUAUGCUGGGAUUAUAAAUGCUGUAAACACAUCUGGGGUUUUAAAGCAAAGACUAUUUAAGGCUGCAUAUAAUUCCAAGAAGCAGGCAAUGAUGAGCGGUCGGAAACCAUCACCAAUUUGGGAUAGACUGGUAUUCAAUAAAAUAAAGGCAAAACUUGGAGGACGGGUCCGUUUCAUGGGCUCAGGCGCUUCACCUUUAUCUCCUGAUAUCAUGGACUUUUUAAGAGUAUGCUUUGGAUGUUCGGUUAUUGAAGGCUAUGGUAUGACGGAAACUUCCUGUGUUAUAACUAUCAUGGAGGAUGGUGAUAACUUGUCUGGUCAUGUUGGUUCUCCUAAUCCUGCAUGUGAAGUAAAACUUGCUGAUGUUCCUGAGAUGAAUUAUACCUCUGAUGAUCAACCUCACCCUCGAGGAGAAAUCUGUGUUAGGGGGCCCAUUGUUUUCCAGGGCUACUACAAAGAUGAAGUGCAGACAAGAGAAGUAAUUGAUGAUAAGGGAUGGCUUCAUACAGGGGAUAUCGGGACAUGGUUACCUGGAGGUCGCCUUAAGAUUAUUGACAGGAAAAAGAACAUAUUUAAGCUGGCACAAGGAGAGUAUAUAGCACCUGAUAAAAUUGAAAAUGUAUAUGCCAAAUGUAAAUUUAUUGCUCAGUGUUUUAUAUAUGGUGAUAGCUUUAACUCAUCUUUGGUAGCUAUCAUCUCCGUAGAUCCAGAUGUAAUGAAGGAGUGGGCUGCAUCUGAGGGCAUAAAGUAUGAUGAUUUAGGACAACUAUGCAAUGAUCCAAGAGCAAAAGCAGCUGUUCUGGCUGAGAUGGAUGCUGUAGCCAGGGAAGCUCAGCUGAGAGGUUUCGAGUUCGCAAAAGCUGUAACCUUAGUGGCUGAACCAUUCAGUGUGGAGAAUGGCCUUCUUACCCCGACGUUCAAGGUGAAGAGAGCUCAGGCAAAAGCAUACUUCGCAAAGGAAAUAUCAAAAAUGUACGAGGAGCUUUCAACGAUGGAUCCGACUCUUGAUAAACCAUUAUGAGUUGUUGAAUUUUGGCAAUAAGGUACAAGUUUUAAGAUAAUUGUUUAAAAUGGUUGUGGAUUGUUGAUCUGUAGCUAGUUUAUUAAAUCAUGUAAAAGACCAACAUUAAAGAUAAUUCUUCAAAAUUGAUGUGUUACGUUUGUGUGU